UAAAACGGCUGUUCAUUUUUUAAUUUUAUUCCUAUUUUUACAUAUGAGUGUAAAAAAGCAUUUGAGUUGUAAUGAAAAUUUUGAAAACAAAUAAAAUAUUUGUGUUGGGAAUAAAAAAUAAUGACAUUCAAGAUUCUCGGCAUUUAUACAAACAGGUGCUGGCAACUGUCGCGUCAUGCCUCCUAUACUUGUCUGCGGGCCUGACUAAUGGCAUCAGUGCCGUUCUGCUCCCGGAGCUGGCGCAGGAUUCCUCCCUCUCCUGGGGGUCAGAACUUGGAUCUUGGAUAGCAUCCCUAGCUCCAAUUUCCUCGAUCCUGGGCUGCGUGUGCGUCGGAACUCUGCUGGAUAGCUUGGGAAGGAGAAUUGUUCAUAUCAUCCUGGCCUUCCCUUUCAUGGUCGGAUGGCUGGUUAUGGCGUUUGCUGACGACUUCUCUACAAUGAUGGUUGGCAGGUUCCUCACUGGUUUAAGUUUCGGCGCCAUCCGUCCAACCGCCAUAAUCUAUUUAGGAGAAAUAAGCGACCCAAAAUACAGAGGCAUCAUACUCCUUUUCCCAUCUGUAGCAUUAACAUUAGGAGUACUCCUAAGCCAUGUCAUAGCACUUUUUCUGUUGUACAUAUCUAUAGCCAGCGCUAUAGCCAGUUUAGGAUGGUCUUUUAUAGCGGAACUGUAUCCUACUAAGGUGAGAGGUGUAGGAUCUGGGUUAGUCAGGAACAUUCCCAUUGACUGGACACUUGAGGACCUUGUCAACUGCGUUGACUGCCCUACGGGCAUCAAAGUAAUAAAGGCUCGUCGCCUGAAUAGAAAAAUCAUCGAUGAUGGUGUGACGAAAUGGAUCCCCACCCAGAAAACUGUAUUUACCCCUCGGCGUCCCCCCCCAUCCCCAGGCAAAAGUUAUGAUAGGUCCGCUCACGACAACAUCACGAGGACUCCCUCUCCAUCUCAGGGAAACGGCUGCUGCCUUAAUAAUGAUUAUACUCCUAAUGAUAACAUACUCAAUAUUUUAAUGGCCGCUCUUAUGGACCUCAUUCGCCGUUGGUCGGACGGUCUACCGAACAAUGUCUUCACCAUGGUGGAACAACUCACCUCAUUAGUUAAUUCGUGCAAAAAUGGCUAUUACGGCGAUCCUUCAAUGGAAUGUUAG